AUGACUUUUCAAAAGCCUGUUAUCCCAUUCCGAUCUUUUGUACAUGAUAUCGGUUUUACCAAACAUUUUAAUUCUAUCGUGAGAAGGAACAAGAACUGCAUACACUAUCAGCAUAAUAUAAAAGAGUCAUCUAUAAAUUGUAUGAACAGGAAUAGAAAUAAUAUAAGCAAUGGAAGGAAUGGAAGUAGCAGAUGUGAAAGAAGUAACCAAAGUAAACAAAUUAACAACAAUAAGAGCAACAGUUUAGGUCAGGAUCAUACAGAAGAAAAGGAGAAUUUAUUUUCUCUAUACUUAGAUAGUCAUUAUCAUACUAGUAAAAAGGGAGAUGACUACCAUAAAAUUGGAAAAAAAAAUUACAAUAAAGGAAAAGAAGAAUUAGAGGCAGACAAACCAAAAGAUAUGCAAAAAAUUGAAAACAUUCCUAAUUUUAAGAAAGAAAAAGAAGGCAAAGGAGAAAUUGAAAGGCAACACAAAAAAGUAGAAGAACAUGUUUAUAUCCAAAAUAAUGUGGAAUGCAAUGAGGGCAAAAAAGUGAAGGGUGUACAUAGCAAAGAUAAAAAUGGAAAUGAUGAUCACUCAGUAUUUGCAGACUACAGUGAAAUAUUCAGUUCGACAAACCAAAAAAAGAGUAGCCCUACUGCUGCAGCAGAAGUAGGAACUACUGCCUCUGCUACUGCCCGCAAAGGAACCAGCACAAAUAUGUCUGAAUUAGAAAAUAAGAAACCUUUACAACAUGCACACAGAAAAGAGGAAACAAAAAAAAAAAUUAUGAGCAAGGAAGAAGUGCGUAAAAAAUUAUCGGAGCUAGCCAAAUUAAGAUGGAGGGAUGUAGAAGAGAGAAAAAAACUAUUGAGAUGUAAAAAUACAUUUAAACAUUCUGAAAAAACAAAAGAAUUAUUAUCGUAUAAAAUAAAAUUGAAAUGGAAAGAUGAUAAUUAUAGAAAGAGGAUUAUAGAAAAAACAAGAAUUUUUAAUCAAGACGAAAAUACAAAAAGAAGAAAAUCGCAAUCCUUAAAAGAAAAAUGGAAGAGCAAAGAAUUCAGGGAAAAAAUGUUAAGUAAUAGGAAACCAUUUAGCACUGAAAGAAGAAAAAAAAUAUCCGAUAUAAUAAAACAAAAGUGGACAGAAGAAGAAUAUAAACAAAAAACCUUAAAUGCUAUAAGGGAAAAUUACAAAAAGAGAAAAUUAGAAGUUGGUCUAAACCCAAACCUUAAUUACACUGAAAACGCCAUGAUGUUCAAGCAGCUCGGAAUGAGUGCGCCCAAAAUAAGGAGCUUUCCGAAUGGGCAUAAAGAAAAGUUAAGGGGGAAAAAAAGGACCAAAAUAAAAAAGAAAGACAAAGAAAACUACAAGGAAAAUUGGAAAAGUAUUUAUGAUAGUUUGUUAGAUAAAAAUGAGUUUCAAAAUUCGUUAUCAUAUUUAAAUAAAAUCGAUAAUCUAAGGGUUAGCACAAACACGUAA